GCCGCCGCCGCCGCCGCCGCCGCAAAUGUCGCCGCUCGCUCGACUCCGGCCGAUCUCGCCGCACCUGCUCCUCCGCCGCCGCUUCUCCUCGCCGUCGCCGUCGCCGUCGUCGAUCCUGUCGCCGGACUCCAACGCCCCUCUCUCGUCGAAGGAGAAGACCCGGGCGGCCCUCUCCCUUCUGAAGGCCGAGAAGAACCCGGAGCGCAUCCUCGACAUCUGCCGCGCCGCCUCCCUCACCCCGCAGUCCCACCUCGACCGCGUCGCCUUCUCCGUCGCCAUCUCGAAGCUCGCCGAGUCGCGCCACCUCGACGGCGUCCGGCGCUUCCUCGAGGAGUCCAAGGCGCGGCCGGACCUGCGGAACGAGCGCUUCAUGUGCCACGCCACCGUGCUCUACGGGCAGGCCGGCAUGAUCGCCGACGCGAUCGCCACGUUCGAGCAGGUCGAGGGGCUGGGCAUCCGCCGCACCGUCAAGUCGCUCAACGCGCUCCUGUUCGCUUCGAUCGUGGCCAAGGACUAUAAGGAGACGAAGAGGAUCUUCGUGGAGUUCCCUAGGGUUUAUGGCGUGGCGCCCGAUCUGGAGACCUUCAAUACCGUGAUCAAGGCGUUCUCCGAGUCCGGGUCGACGAGCUCGGCCUACUCGGCGAUCGCCGAGAUGGAUAGGAAGGGGGUCAGGCCGAACGCGACCACGUUCGGGAACAUGCUGGCCGGGUUCUACAAGGAGGAGAAGUACGAAGAUGUCGGGAAGGUUUUGGAAUUGAUGCAGAAGCACGAGGUCUCUCGGGGGAUUGGUAUCUACAACAUCAGGAUCCGGAGCUUGUGUAAGCUUAGGAAGUCGGACGAGGCGAAGGUGCUGCUCGACGGGAUGUUGGCGAGGGGGAUGAAGCCGAAUUCGGAGACGUACGCCCAUUUGAUACACGGGUUCUGCAACGAGGAGAGGUUCGAAGAAGCGAAGAAGAUGUUCGAGAGCAUGGUGAACGGCGGGUGUCGGCCCAACAGCGAUUGUUAUUUCACCUUCAUUCACUAUCUCUGCAAGGGAGGGGAUUUCGACACCGCCUUGCGGGUGUGUAAGGAGAGUAUGGAGAAGGGUUGGGUGCCGAAUUUCGGAACGAUGAAGUCGCUGGUUAACGGGCUGGUGAGUAUCGAUAAGGUCGGCGAGGCUAGGGAGCUUAUUGCACAGGUCAAGGAGAAGUUCUCUAGGAAUACAGAUUUGUGGGAUGAAGUGGAAGCUGGUUUACCUCAGUAAGGUAGAUGAGAUUACUUUGCUGUUUUCUUUUGGUUCAAUAAGAGCGCGGCUCGAUCUGAAAUGGACAGACAUUUGUAUCAUAGAAGGCGGUUUUAUCUUUUUCCCCUAGUCAUGGAAGAAAUUGAUACUUCCAUGUGACCUUUUUAGAUUGAUCGACUUCGGUAAUUGUCAAAUGAAACGGCUGCCUAAAGUAUUGAGGGUAUCGGAAUUCCGUCCGACAUCCUCUUAUCAUUCAUGAAGUUCUGUUUAUUCUCAAGGAACAGACUAAAAGCACAUUAGAAGGUGAACCAACUUUGGGAAGAUAUCUUACCUCUCUCUUGGUGCAGUUUCAAGUAGCAGCAGCCUCCCUUUUGAGCCGCCUAUAGCGAGUCUUAUGAUGCUUACUCUCCGGUUGGUAAUUCACUGCGGUUAUCUUUUGUGUCAGGGUAGCGCGGGGGAUUUCCAUGGUAAGUUUUACCAAUGGAACAAUGUGCUGUAUGUAGCAUCAAUCUGGAAGUUUGAUAUGCGCUGUUUGCUGUUUGUGUCGAUCCGACAUGUGAUUGUUAUCGCCCGAACCUUCUAAAUUCGUCCAUCCAUCCAUUUGAAGUCGCCUUGUCUUGAAGGAUAACCAAUGUUGCCUAAGGCUUUUGUGGCAUGUUAAUGAGGGAAUGUUAAAUCUUUUUAGUGGAUAGUUUUCGACCACAUUUGCCGGAAUUAAGUGCAUUCUGAGUACCGCUUUGGUAAAUCAGAGAUCGGAUGACUGUUUUGCUGCUAGCAAAGGUGCCAAUGUAGUUAAUCUCCAUUCAUUGUU